UCAUGCGCGUUCUCCUCAGCCGCGAGAGUUGCAGGAAAACCUCCCGGCAUCCGUGCUCAACCGGCCACCAUUUAUAGCCUCGCGGUGACAAACAAUCUUAUUAUGAGAUUUAAACUUUGCCUCGGCUAGACUGGUUGGAGGAUCAACAUGCGCUCCUCGUCGCAGUUAUUCCCCGCAGUUUGCCCAACUGAUACAGCGGCUACCUACACGCCUCCUUUGAUUGUGGUUAAACGCUGGUGUCAGCUCUCCGUCUAAUAGAAAAAAAGAGAGGACAGAAAAAAAAAAAAAACCUAGAGCAGGGCUCCGGGUCUCACCAGAAUACAUAAAGGCAAGCAAUGAAAGGAGCUCAGCCCCGAAUUAAAUCACUCAGCGCUAAAUGGAUCUUUGAGACUCUCCCCUGACGCAGCUGCUUUUGCGCGUCCUCAACCCGAAAACAGAAAGCUGGGAUUCUUUUUAUUUUUGUUAUCUAUAUUUUUGACACAUCCACCAGAAACACCUCCUGUCUCUUUGAACAUGCCUCGUGUCCGCGGUGAGAUACAGUAAAGGUGGCAGCUUUGUAUCGGGAAGAGGCUCUUUCUCGGCGAUCGCUAAGCAGAGUUCAACAGUCGCUGAACAUCUGCACUGCUGGAGGACGCCAGGGAUGCUUUCUCACACCGACGGCUUCAACCUGGACUACAGAGGGUAUCCAUCCAUGCACAUGAGAGAGAGACCGGAAGAAGGCCAGUGGAAGAAACAAUAAGAUGAAACCAUUUAAUGAUGGUAACCUUGACAAAAAAAGCACAAACCAAGCUGAGGUGGAGAAAUCUCUUUUGAGCAUCGCCAGAAGUUCACUGCAGGCUGAUGAUAGAAUCUCAGUGUAAAGGCAGACUCUCAACAUUUUUCUGAUUGGUACAUGUGGACAAUAUUGUUCAUCGUACAUCAAUCAAUGAAGUGCAGACAAAUUAAAGGAUUGUUUCUGGUCCCAAGAUCGGUGGAACAUCCAGCUGACUGUCCGACAGGAUCGACUCAGCUGUACUGAAACCACCGUGGUAUCACCCUCCUUUUAUUGUUUGGGCCUGCACAUGACUCUCAGAGAAGUACCAAUGGCCUGCAGCUCAGGCAUGGUGAUGAGUGCCUUGUUUUGGUCCGUAGCCAUUGUAUAUUUCACUCAUAUUGGCAGAGUCAGUGGAGACUGCUGGUUAAUUGAGGGUGAAAAGGGCUUUGUAUGGCUUGCAAUUUGUAGCCAAAACCAACCACCUUAUGAGGCCAUCCCCCAGCAUAUCAACAGCACCAUUGUGGACCUUCGUCUGAAUGAAAACAAAAUCAAAAGUAUCCAUUAUUCUGCCCUUAGUCGCUUUGCCAACUUGACCUACCUGAACCUGACCAAGAAUGAAAUCUCCUACAUAGAGGAUGGGGCCUUUUCUGCUCAGUUUAACUUACAAGUCCUCCAAAUGGGCUUCAACAAGUUGAGGAACCUGACAGAGGGGAUCCUCAGGGGUUUAGGAAAGCUGCAGUACCUCUACCUCCAGGCAAAUCUGAUUGAGACUGUGACACCUAAUGCCUUUUGGGAAUGCCCCAACAUAGAGAACAUUGACCUCUCCAUGAAUCGAAUCCAGCAGUUAGAUGGGUCCACAUUUACCAGCUUAAAUAAGCUUACCACCUGCGAGCUGUACACCAACCCUUUCAACUGUUCAUGUGAAUUACUUGGUUUUGUCAAAUGGCUCUCAGUUUUCCCGAACAGGACAAACGAGCGGAUGGUCUGCGACUCCCCCCCAGGCGUCUCUGGUUAUAGUUUACUGAGCCCGAAUCCUAACAAUCCCACAUAUCGAAAUGCACUUCACAUGCUCACCACUGUGUGUACUGAUGACUAUGUGACUCCGUUUAUUUCUGUGCCCAUUGAGUCUACAACACUACCCCCAGACUCAGCACUUUGCGGGCUGGAAGAUUGUCCCUCAGGUACAGAACCAGAAGAUAUUACCAUGAGUACAGCUGAAAAUGAUGUGCAAGUAACCCCUGUGAUGAAACUGAAGCAAGUAACGAAUACAGGUGCCACCAUUACAGUUGAGAUCCCUCAUCCCUACAAGAAGAUGUACAUCCUGGUUCUGUACAACAACAGCUUUUUCACAGAUAUUCAAAACCUCAAAAAUAUAAUGGAGGACAUUGAACUAAAAAACCUUAAACCACAAACUAACUACACAUACUGUGUUGCUUCAAUACGCAAUUCUCUUAGACACAACCACACUUGUCUGACAGUGCCUACUGGCCCUCGGAAUGGAAAUGACAGAGUUGUAAACAAUGCAACUGCUACUCACUACAUCAUGACAAUUCUAGGCUGCCUCUUUAGCAUGGUAAUAUUUCUGGGGGUUGUCUACUAUUGCUUGCGAAAGAAGCGUCAGCAAGACGAAAAGCACAAAAAAUCAGGUAGUCUGAAGAAGAAUAUAAUGGAACUUAAAUAUGGACAAGAACUGGAGGGUGGGACUAUUUCUCGAAUGUCGCAGAAGCAGUUGUUAGCGGGGGAGAGCAUGGCUCGUAUGCCAUAUAUACCUUCUGCAAGUGAAAUGGAGCAGUACAAAUUCCAAGAGAUGAGUGACACUCCUAAAAUGAUGAAGGGCAGUUACAUGGAGGUGCGCAGCAUGGACCACCAUGAGCGCAGGGAAUGUGAUAUGGGAAUGCCUGGAAAUAGUCAGGGUUCGGUGGCGGAGAUUUCUACCAUUGCAAAAGAGGUGGAUAAAGUCAAUCAGAUAAUUAACAACUGCAUAGAUGCUCUGAAGUCAGAAUCCACCUCUUUUCAAGGAGGUAAAUCUGGAGCAGUGUCCACGGCAGAGCCCCAACUCGUACUAAUAUCAGAACACCCACAGAGUAAAUCUGGCCUUCUGUCUCCAGUGUAUAAGGACAGCUACCACCACUCUCUGCAGAGGCAUCGCUCAACUGAUGUCUCGCCAAAGAGGCCAAGCACUGCCACAGGAGGGCCCAUGAGAAGCCCAAGGCCUUAUCGCUCUGAAUCAAAGUACAUUGAGAAAACCUCCCCAACAGGAGAACCCAUCCUCACUGUAACACCUGCUGCGGCCAUCCUGAGGGCUGAGGCGGAGAAGAUCCGUCAGUACAGUGACCACCGGCACUCAUAUCCUGAUGCUCAGAUAGAGGAGCUUGAAGGACCUGACGGCCACAAGUCCUCCAUCUUGGAGCCUCUCACUCACUCCCGCUCCAGAGACUUAGCAUAUUCCCAAAUGUCAUCUCAGUAUCACAAUCUAAGCUACUCCUCCAGUCCCGAAUACUACUGCAAACCUUCGCACAGCAUCUGGGAGCGCUUCAAACUCCACCGGAAACGGCAUAAAGAUGAGGAGUACAUGGCUGCGGGCCACGCACUGCGCAAGAAAGUCCAGUUUGCAAAGGAUGAGGACCUGCACGAUAUUUUAGACUACUGGAAAGGCGUAUCCUCUCAACAAAAAUCGUAACCUAAUUAGGUGUUUUUAAAAUGGACCACAAAUUACAGAAAUGACACAAGAACCUCAUUUGACAACUGAAUCAAUGGGUACUUCCACAUUAUAAUCAAGUACUGACUCAAGUGUGUCACAUUCUCUUUUGACUGUGAGGAAAAUGGGGUAAAGAUUCGUUAAAUUUGUCAUAUUAUGUAAAGCAUUCAUCGGGAAAAAGUAUAUUGCAAAUUAAUAAUAUAUAUGUUACAAUGGAUAAUAGGUUUUUGGGUAUCGCAUGGCCAAGUCCUGUGACAGUGGAUUUGCUGUUGUGUCAUAUGAAACUACUAUAUAAAGAUAUGUCUACUGAAACCUCAAUAUUUUUUGAAGAACUAUCUGGACCCUUCAUUCAAAAAGAACACUUUUUUCCUUCUACUCCCUGCAUAUAUUUAGUUGAAAACUAUGUACAGAUAUGGGUUUCUAUAUUUGCAAUGUUUGCUGUGUAAAUGGAAAAAGUAUCAGUGGAUGAAUCAGGUUUAACAAACGGAGCGCUGUUCAUUUAGAUUAUCUUGAUGCUACAGAACAGCAAGUCCCACUUUGAACCUGUCGGAACGUUUGUCAUUUUAACCGUCACCGCCUGUUUUGUCCGUUUCUUUUUUAAUGCUUUUACACGAUUCAGAUGGAUUCAGUUUUAAGUCCCCUGAAUCACUCGCAGUAUUCACUGGAUGACUCCUGAAAGACCUUACGCUGGAAGAAGUGCAGUAUCAUGAACCAUCAUUUGUAUAUUUAGUACCAAAGUAGAAAAAGAUGAAAUGUUUACAAUAUUUCUGCACGGUCAAGUAAUCGUAUGAAUUUAGCAGGAUGUCCAUUUGGAAUUGCUUUUUUUCUUUUCUUUUCUUUUUUUUUUUUUAAAUGUUACACAUUGGGAAACACUAAUAUCCACACAACAGGAUAUGGUUUAAAAGCCUACUCUUAAUGACAAAUUCUUCAAGAGGACAGCAGCUGUACUCAGUCACCUGUUUUUUCUGGUGCAGUCUACAUCAUGGAAAUGCUUUGGUCAGUGACACACAAGAUGGUUAGGAUUAAGGACAGGGUGUAGGUGACUUGGCGUUUUAUUCGCGUGCUGUUAGAUUACAACCUGGCCGCUACAGUACACAGCUGUUCUGGCCUGCAGGAGAGCCCGAUGGAUGAAUGUAACAGAUACAAAUUCUGAUCUGUCUAUGGCAGCUUUUAUGUAUAUUUUCAAGGAAAUAUUUAUUUAAUGCUAUUAACAACUGUGUGUUCUGGGUUUGUUAUUUUCUUUCUUUCGCUUCGAUAUUUCUUCCAGUGUAUUAUAUCGCAUAAUAUCUGAUCCGAUUGAUGGGGGAACGUAGUUUGUUAUUCAGGUGGGCCUUCUUGCUUGCAGAAAGGUUUAUUUUAUUUUUUUUGUAUUUUCACCUGCUAGGCUGUUAAAUCUUUUUGUAUAUUACAGAAGCUACGUACCAGUCGAAUAUCAACAUGUUAGAGUAAAAUUUGAGAAUGUGAAACUGAAUCCUCUGACUUACUGGCUGUGAAUUUGUAUAUCAUAAUUCUCUUUGAGUAAAUAUAACACGUAACGCUUUUCCUUUGAAAGAUGCUUAUAUCAUUUAUUCCAAACAGGCUCAUUAUGAUUCAUUGCAUAUUUAUGAACAAACGUGGACGCCUACUGUCUUACUUAUUUGAACUAUUGUCACAAUAAAACUCCAAAUGUCUCUGGGUUUACCAAGAAGUAGAGAACAUCUGUUAGCGGGCACACGGUUAAACUUCAUGAGUUAUUCUUAUCGUUACUAAUGCAAAGUCCAUUCCAUAGCGUUAUGUGAGCUUAACAAGCCGAAUCACCAAUAUAAACAGCUGGCUGUGUUACUUCACCACUUGGAUACCAUUAGCACAAAGAAGAGGUUGCAACAAGGAGAUGUAAUAGGUCAAGCCAAACCUCAAACCAAACAAAGCAGGAUAUUACUCCUAAUUAUGGAACUGCAGCAUCUAUGUUUGAUUCAUGCAUUCAUUCCAGAAACGUUGAUGCUGUGCAACUGAAAACCCACAGUACAGUGCAAAACAUUAACAUCCUGCAUGUUUAUACAUGAACUCUACCUGUCACUCCACCUUAUUUCUUGUCUUAUUUCAGUCGGUAUUAUGCAUCAGUGUGAUGGUAGUAGGAACUUAAAACCGCCCCUUCCGAAAUUAAUAUGAAACAUUUUUAUCAAUUGUGUGUUAAGGUGAUGGCCAGAGUCUGCAAUCUGAUAGUAAAUCUGAUCAGAGGAAAUUAAUUUAUCUGGUGACAUUUGACUUUACAUUAUCUUUUUUUCCCACUACAAAACCAGUAUUUGAAUUAAUCUGUAUAUUUUCAGAUUUUGUGUGUCCGACUCCUCUAAGUGUGUCACAGCGUCUUUAUUAUUCAUAAAUGUGAAAUGAAGCAUCCAUGAGCCUCAUGGGAAUGUCUUAUGUAAGCACCUUGUGAAGUGUGAUCUGGGUUGUCUGACUUAAUAUUUCAACCGCCUUAAGAUUUUGGGAUAUGUAUACAAGUGUAAAUUUCCUUUUGUUUUAUUUCCAAUGUUGAUACUGUUGUUGGGUCUCCAUUUGUUAUUUUUAUAAAAGCAUUUCAGUAUCUUCUGAGAGCUGUCAGGUUUCUAGUUCAUUUAGCUAUUUAGCGACAUGUUUUUUAUACUGCAUAUUGUAGCACUGUGUCUAAUAAGAGUGUUGAGAAAACCUUUAGAAAGAUCGACAGUCGUUGUUCAAGUGCAUCAAAACAAACAAAGAGCACAAAAAGUGUGUUGUUUUCUUUCCUUUUUUAUUUCCUAAAACUAUGUUAUCUGCUUUCAGACAAAGUACUGUGAAAUAAAGUUAAGGGUGCACAUACA